UUUUUAAUAGGGUAGAUGGGAGUUAAAUAUUGGUUCUACAGUAAAAAAAUAUUAUGUCAUGUAUUCCUUGUUGUGUUCCAGGAAUUAAAUGCACAACUUGCAGCAGAAAAACUUGCAGAGAGAUUACAUAUCAAGAUGGAAGAGUAUAAUCCAGAAGGGACAGAUAUGAGUUACCGUGUGACUAAAGGGAAUGGUUAUACUGAUGAUAUAGACAGUGAUGAUGACAUUGAUGAAGACGUUGAAAAUGCCAGUUAUUCCAAGACGUUGGUUCCCUCUGAUACAGAGGAUUGAUGGAAUUUGCCGUGUUUAAUGUGAACUAACUAAUGCAUGUUAUCAUGUGACCUGUGACUAGGAGAAAUAAUAAACGUUUUAUUCUCAGGAAGUUUACACAAGUGGUUACAGUACAGCUUUGGUAGACAAAUUUCGAAACAUAUGUUAGGUUGAAACACGAGUCUGUGACAACUGAAAAGUGUCACCAUUGUGGUUACAUAAUUUUUAUGACUAAUUGAUCAAGAAAUUUAUUCAGAGUUUUUUAAAAAAAAGUGCAAUAUGAUUGAACAAUAUAAGAGGUUUGAGUUCUGAGUAAGUGAUGAAGAUGAAUUUUGUAAAAUUGUGUUUUCUUUUUAAAUUCUUAAACUCCUUACUGUUCAUCCCACAGUAAGACUUCACAGGGAAUUUAACUCCUGUAGAACAGUACCUCUCCGCAACAACCAAAAUCUGUGCCUCUUUAAGGGUGUUGCACUGUAAAGUGAAAUGUUUUUCGUUUGCAGAUUUAUUUUUGAUAACAAAUAAAAAAUUUGAAUUGUUUUUAAAAUUAAAGAAUAUAAGUUA